AUGUGGGCCUCACGCCUACUGUGCCUUGCUCUGGCCGUCCUUGCGCUCGCCUCGUCGGCACGGGCUGUGCUCGAGUUCUACCACACGCCGCCGGCCAACAGCGGCGCAGCGGCGGCGGCCGCAACGGUUGGCAUCCGUAUCCGGUCGUAUACAGGGACACUCAUUCAGAUCGGACUCAAGACCAAUAUCGGCUCGGGCAUCACUUACCAGGUCUACCGGUCGACGUCGCCGUCAUCGGGCUGGUCAAAGGUGUACGACUCGGGGCUCGUCUCGUCGAGCAUUUCCGGGGGCUACACCUCGCACUCGCUCACCUACUCGCUCACCUCCAACUACUACUACAUCGUCCGCGCACGGUGGACGAGUACAACGCGGAACUUUUACUACGGUGACAACGUAGUGCCGUACACCAACGGUCCGACGACCUACGGCGGCAUCUCCAGCUCGACGAACAACGCGGUCAACCGGAUCUACGGAGUCCGCAUCAAGCUUCGCUCCUGCACCCCGCUGCCCAAGCCGGCCAACGGUAACGUCAACCCAGGGACGACAACCACGUUCAGCUGCAACAUGGGCUACACCCUCGCAGGAUCGUCGUCGCGGACAUGCCAAACAAGCGGGGUGUGGACCGGAAGCACAACGUCGUGCCCCAAGAAGGCCAACUACUGCCCGUCGCUGGCGGCGCCGUCUAAUGGCGCGCGCUCGCCGUCGCCCUGCCCGCGCAAGUACCAGAACUCGUGCUCGUUCUCGUGUAAUGCCGGCUACUCGCGUGGCGGCUCAUCGUCGCGGACCUGCAAUCUCAACACCUUUUCGUCGGGUGUGUGGUCCGGCUCGACCACGACCUGCAACCGCAUCAACAGCUUUUGCCCAGCACUCUCGGCACCGUCCAACGGCGUGCUCUCGGCUGGCACCUGCUCGCGGUACGUUGGCUACUCGUGCGGCUCGGUCUCGUGCAACACCGGAUACAACCGAGUUGGCCCGUCGUCGCGGACGUGCCAGACCAACGCGCGAUGGUCGUCAUCGGCUUGGUCGUGCGCCCUCGACACAACGUACUGCCCGGCGGUUCCUCCCGCGCCGACCAAUGGGGUGUACACUUCCUCGUGCUCGGCGCGCUCGUACCUUGCCUCGUGCUCGCGUGGCUGCAACUUUGGCUACACACUCUCGGGCGCAGUGACAACGACGUGCCAGGCAUCGGCGUUGUGGUCGUCGGGCACGCCGUCGUGCCUCCUCACGCCAGGCUACUGCCCAUCAUACCCGGUGGCGGCCAACGCAACGCGCGCACCGUGUGACGGAAAGCUCGGAUCGAGUUGUGGCCCGACCCAGUGUGCACUCGGCCUGACGCUUGUCGGCGCUGCGACCCGGACCUGCACCGUCGGUUCGGCCGCAAGCGGGAUCUGGUCCGGCCUUGAGCCGUUCUGCUCCUCGACGUCUGCGGCAGACUCGCUGACGACAGCAACGGCGGCAACCAUCGUGGCCGGUACGCGCUGGGCCUUUGACGUCCUCCCGCGCGACGCUGGCGGCGUGCCCACCACUGCCGGCGUCGACAUUGUCGACGUCGUCCUUGCCGGCACCUUUGCCGGCGAAGGCACCUCGACCGCCAACUCGACUUGGCUCCAUCCCACCAAGUACGCGGUCACGUACAAGCCGCCUACCCUGGCGGGUGACCAUAGCGUUGAAAUCUGGCUCAACUCGUAUCUGAUGGGCACAUACGUGCUCACCGUUGUGCCUGCUGCCGUCUCGGCACCGCACUCUGACGCCGAUGGCGAGGGCAUCCUGUCGGUGACUGAAGACGGCGGACUGUUCCUUCCGGGCCAUGCCACGUCGUUUGUGGUCACGCCACGCGAUGCGUACGGCAAUAAGGUUGGCACAGCCGGAAUCUCGCUUCCGGUCGGCCUCCUCCGCGACGCUCUCGGCGAUCCGUGGCCUGUCUCAGCCACCAUCGCCGACGCCGACACCUUUGUGGUCUCGUACAUCGUGCCGGCGUCGGGGCGGUGGACGCUGUCGCUCACGCUCGACUUAGUCCCGAUUGGCGCCUCGCCGUGGCUCAUCACGGUCGCCAUCGAGUGCCAUCCCGGGACGUCGGCGUUCUCGGUCACCGGGCCGUGCGUCAUCUGUCCCGAGAACACAUACUCGGACCAGAUCUCGCUUCGCGAGUGCCUGCCGUGCCCCGAAGCGAGCCAGGCCGGAGUCGGUGCAUCGACUGUCACCAACUGUACCUGCGUGACCGGCAUGUACUCGCCCGGUGGGGUGCCCGGCGUGGCGUGCAUGCCGUGCCCGCUCGGCGCCAGCUGCAACGGCGGCGUUUCUAAUCCGACGGCGCGCCCGGGCUUCUCGCCGGUCGAUGGUUCGACCGACUCGUUUGUGCAGUGCCCGAACCCGUCUGCGUGCGCCGGUAACGGCGCGUGUAGCAGCGGCUACAAGGGCCGGCUUUGCGCCGAGUGCGACCUCGGCUUCUACCGGCUCGGCGCCGAGUGCAGACGAUGCAAGACCGAGCUGACCGUUAUCAUGGUCGUCCUCCUCUUGGUCCUCGCCUUUGUCGGCUGCGGCGCGCUCGUCUACCUCAACGUCCAGCUCUCGGGCUCGCACAUGUACGGCGCCGCCGGCGCCAUGAUUGGACUCUCGGCGCUGCAAAUCAUUGCUCUUGUCGGCUCGAUCGAUGUGGCCUGGUCCAAGACCGCGCGCGCCAUUCUGGACGGCCUCUCGUUUGCCAACUUCAACGUCGACCUCACCUCGCCCGAGUGCUCGAUGACGCUCUCGAACCCGUGGCUCUUCCGCUUCAUCCUCACACUUUGCCUCCCGGUUGCCGGCGCGCUCAUGCUUGCGCUUGUUGCGGCGCUUGUCCUUCUCUACGUCGUCCAUCAUCAGGGCAAGGCCGAGGUUGGGGUUUCGGGCGUCAUCCAGGCCGCCGGCCGCUCGUACUUUCAGGUCCUCAACGUUGUCUACCUUCCGUUGAUCUCAGCCACUUUUGGCGUCUUUGACUGCGUCCAAGUCGGCUCCACGGGCACAUAUGUCAUGGCCAACGCCGCGUCGCAGCUCUGCUACACUCAUUUUUACUGGGCCACCGUCUUUCCGCUCGCGGUAGUCUUCAGCAUCGCAUACGGGCUGGGCAUUCCACUGGCGCUCGGCGGCAUGCUGUGGCGGGCGCGGCGGCAGCAUGACGAGAUCAUGUUCCAUCUCAAGUACGCCUUUCUCGUCGCACGUUAUCGCAGUGGCAUGAAGCUGUUCGAGGUGGCGGUCCUCGUCCGCAAACUCCUUGUCGUCAUCGCCCUUGUACUGUUUGGCAACGGCCGCCACGAGGCGCUGCUGGUCGUUGUAGUCCUCGCCGCAACCGCCAUGCACGUCUCGCGGGCAGUCCCGUACGUCCGCUCCUCACACAACAACCUCGACACUGGCGCAUUGCUUGCAACUAUGUGCGUCAUCAUCGGCGCGCUUGCCGAACAGGGAUCGGCCAUGGGCGAGCUCGCCAUGACCGGCGGGCUCAUCGCCAUACUUGUCGCUAUUGUGGCAUCGGUUGUCUACGACGUCGCCACCAUGCGCAAGCGGCGGAACGAUGAGUUCGCCGAGGGUCUCGAGUCGGCAGACCACGAGGCAGUGACCACCAAGGUCGAGUCCGAGUUUGAGAUGGCGUCGUUCGGCUCGACCUCGGUGUGUGUCUACGAGGUUGGCGCCGACUCGAUCACAGCCGGCGGGACAGCGACGGUCGGAAUGCCUGGAGGCUCUAUCGGGCCGCAGGCGUCGACGGCGGUCGUCGGGCCAGACACCUCGCUCCAUUCGGCGACGCUGCAGUCGGCGACGUUUGAUUCGUUUUACCAGUAGUUACGCCCGCGCUCACGCGUCGGCGGCCGUGGCCGAGCCCGAGAGAAAGGCGCGCAGCUUGUCGAGGGCGCGCCGGCGGUGUGAGAUGGCGUUCUUGGCCUCCGAGUCCAUCUCGGCAAAGGUCUCAUCCGAGCCCUCGGGCUGGAACACCGGAUCCCAACCAAAGUCUGUCGGUCCGCGCGGCGGGACGAUGCUGCCUGGGCAGAUGCCCUCAAAGACUACAACAGGCUCGCCCGGGCCAGCCGAGUAGGUAAACACACACCGCGCCUUG